ACGCCUGUAAUCCUAGCUCUCUGGGAGGCCGAGGCGGGCGGAUUGUUUGAGCUCAGGAGUUCGAAAAGCCGGGCAUGGUGGCACAUGCCUGUAGUCCCAGCUACUUGGGAGGCUGAGGCAGGAGGAUCGCUUGAGCCCAGG